GGUACCCAUGGACCCAUGUCAUCCACAUGGCAAUGCCCAGGACCCGGGGAUGUGUCUGGAUUUUCAGUCUAUAAAUAUGUGAGCUGCAGACCACCGAGACAUCAUCGGAUCCAUCGUUCCAAGAAGUUCAGAAGGCUUCUUCUCUCCCAGCAAGUGUUCACCGGAAAACACCUACUACCAGAAAGGCCUAUCCUCUGACAAUACGCUUCCUCGAACCCCUCCUACCAUCAGCCUAACGUAAAGAUGCAUCUUUCCACUCAGAUACUCGUAGCCCUUUGUGGCUUCCUGAUAUGCUUUUCUCAAGUACAGGCUGCAGAAGUUCUUGAAUCCCUGGCCAAGCUGUACAUCCCCUACGACUACGAUAGCUCCGGAAAUGGACUGUAUGGCAUCAACAAGGCUGCAGUAGAACAGAGUGCUUAUGAUGAGGAUGCGAGAAUUCUUUAUGCUGCAGGGGAUAAAUACAUCCACAUCAUUCAGCUUUCAACGUAUCUAAGUAUCCUCAAAAGGUUUCCCCUGCCGGCUGGUCGGGCGGCGAAUGAUAUUGAGAUAUGUGGUGACUACAUUGCAUACGUCAUAGAGGGACAAACAUCGCAGGCCAAUGGGACUCUAAUCGUACGCGGAAAGUAUAACAUUAAUACCAAGGAAUGGCCAGUGACGAGUGAAAUCCAAGUGGGUAGCAAACCUGACAUGCUCAAGUUCAAUCAUCUGUGCACUGUAAUCAUGACGGCCAACGAAGGGGAGGCGGGCGGACCCGACCAGAACACCUUCAUCAACCCCGAAGGAUCAAUCUCCAUAGUAGAGAACUUUGCAAGCAGUACACCGUCGGUGACCACCUUGGAUUUCCGCAAGUUUAACAAUGUGGCGGAUAAAUUGGAGAGGUGGGGCGUCAGGGCACCGUACAAGGGCUACCUAUCUGGCGAUUCCUACAACACCUUCUCUCAGAACAUGGAACCAGAAUAUAUCGGCAUCUCAAAAGAUGAUCGCACCGCUUAUGUGUGUUUACAGGAAAACAAUGCUAUUGCUGUCGUCGAUAUUGAGCAGAGGACUAUCACAGACCUUAUACCACUCGGAACUAAAUCGUGGGGGCAGAUUUACAUCGAUGGAAGUGAUAAAGACGACAAAAUCUUCCCAGAAGACAAAAAGUACGACAUUUUCAGCUUCUACCAGCCAGACGCAAUCAAGGUCUUCAGUUUCAAUAAUACAGACUAUAUAUUCACUGCCAAUGAGGGCGACAGAUUCGAAUAUGAGCUUGGUAGUGACGAUUGGGACGAAGGCAUUCGAGGAAAGGAUCUAUACAACGGAGAUGAAGGUGUGGAGCUCUCUGACUCUAUGUCAUCAAAUCUUAAAGAUCAACUGAAGGACAAUGAUGAACUUGGUCGUCUGAAGUUCAGCAGGACUGACGGUCUAGAUGAUGACGGUAAGGUUCUACGCCCCCACUUCUUUGGGGCCCGCGGUGUGUCUAUCUUCAGGCCUUACGGGGUACCUAGCCUUAAGAACAUAGAACGUGUCUGGGACAGCGCGGACGACGUCGAGAGGAGAAUGAAGGAGUCGUACCCGGAUGUAUUCAAUGGUGACACCAAACCUGACGAGGCGGACAACGAAACCCCAGGAGACCUACAGGAUUCACGCUCCGAUAACUUGGGCCCCGAGUGCGAGAGUAUCGAAUUCGGCGAGAUAAACGGCAAGACCUACGCAUUUUUCGGCAUCGAUCGCAGCGCCGCCAUUCUCAUCUAUGAGAUCGUUUUGCCAACUUCCACCAGUGACAUGGAGCUAAGGUUUGUGGAUGUCAAACGGGACGGUGGAACUAGUCAAACCUAUCAAGAACUUCUUGAAGAACGCAAUCUCGGCGACCUGGAUCCGGAAGACCUGCGCUUCGUGCCAGCCUCCAAAUCUCCAUUCUACAGGCCGAUGCUAAUCGUCACCAGCACUGUAAGCGGUACCAUCCAAAUCUACGAAGUCAACCUCUAAACUAAAGAUUGAGCUAUUCUCAGCUAGUCAUGAUGGGUCUAUGAUCUAACAUAAUAUGGAAAGCCCACCCCAUCCCCUCCACCAUGUCAACCCAUUUUGAGAAAGAGUUCGUUCAUUCUAUUUACCAAAGUCUCGCAAUCCCCCACCCCCCUUUAUUAUGGUAACCAAGAACAUGGACUCUCUCUUCCUUCAUUUUCGUGCCAUGUUUUUUCUCCAGAUAAGAGGCCUUACGCCUUUAAGGCGAUAUGAUUAGUGUUCAUUUAAUUAUUAUUUAUUUACUUUUUAAUUCAUUACUUAUACGAACUCAUUCAAUCGACUUACCAACUUGCAACUUGUUUUCAUGACUUGCUAACUCGUUUAAUCAACUACCUAAGGGGCGUUAUAAGUUGUGGGGAAAACAUGAGUAAAUAAGUCGCGGUAGCGAAUUAGUAAGUCAUGGAGCUGUUUCGGAAUUUAUAUUGAAAAUAUCCUGUCACCUCCGGGGCACCAUGCUUCCAAUCUGAAUCAAAUCCCACCAAUAAAAUUACAGUAAGAUGAGAAUUUGCUUUGGAUCCCGCCGAAAACUUUAGUCCAAGUCCCGUUUGCAUUUUAGUUAUCAUCAUGGUAACUUUCUCAUGCAAUGGUAUCUUGGCACCAUAUGAUAAUAUGAAUCAACUGGAAAGAAGCAUUAAUUUUGAGAAAAUAAUAAGUUACAAUUUAUAGCUUGACAAGUGCAAUAAUCGUAUAUCUCUAAUUGCUGAAAGAAAAAUAUGUAUUUUAUUCUGAAAUAAACUUU